AUGAGUGACUUAUCCUGCCCAGACUGUCGCGACAAAUCACCUGAUAUACUGGUGGGAUGGGUACUCGAAAAUUCCGGACGCGGCACCCUGAGUCUUAUCACCACAUGUAUGAUCACAAUCUUCCUAUGCACAUGGGUAUCAAUACACCAACGCGUGUACACACGACAGCUAUUCGCAACAUCACACAAAUUUGCUCUGUUCUUCAAGGGCAUCCUUGCCCCCGAAUUCAUCGCCGUUGAAGGCUUUCAGGAAUGGGCUCAAUGUAGGAAAAUGAAAAGGGAUUGCGCGAAAUUUACGAAUGGAAGAUUUCAACUUUUUUACGGGUUUUAUAUUAGUAUGCUUGCGUUACGAUAUCGAACCCCACGAGGCAAUAAAGUCAUUUGGCCGAAUCAAUAUACUUGGCUUCUGCAGCAGAAUCUGAUCAAUUGGGAUAAUCAAGCGAGCUGGGGUCUAUCUAUUGAGGAUAUUCGUGAUAAAGCCAAGACGGAUAGUCUUGCAAAGUUCAUUGCUCUGGUACAGGUAUCUUGGUUUGUGGCGCAGAGUAUCAUCCGCGCUGCUCAUGCGCUUCCGAUUUCUCAGCUUGAGUCCAUGACUCUUGGCUACAUGCCGUUGUUUAUUGUCACGUGUUUCUUUUGGUGGAACAAACCUCAGGAUAUAAGGUCCCCCUCAAUCGUUGAGUUGCCGGAAAUGAGUUCGGAACAGCAACAGGUCUUUGAUUCGAUGGCUGUUAGCAACAAGUUUGACGAUGAAGGCUUGGAGACUCAAGUCACGUUAUGGAAUAUAUGGUAUCUUACUCCACGUGUUUUUGAGAAGGAAGAGGAAGAUAGAGCUAUACAAGAAGCUUUAUCAAAAUCUGUCCAUACUCCCCAGGAAUCAAAAAGAAAUCUAAGGCGCCAGUUCUCAUACGAAAUCCCAUUCAACGGGCGACAUGAUCUAGACCUCGAAGACAUAAAAUUUGCCAUCCGCAAAGAGGUGGUACUUGCUCGCUGGGACCCUGAACUAUAUACGUCAAAAAUCUGGCCAUUAAUCUGUCUAUUUGGUGUUUGCUUCGGAGCGAUUCAUCUCGUAUCCUGGAAUACCGUAUUUCCUACAGUUAUUGAGAUGUGGUUAUGGAGAGUUUCUGCAUUUGUCUCUAUUGGGUCAAUGAUUAUUUUCAUGCAUUUCGAGAAGGUUGUUCUGCGCUGGGAUGGGCUUGUUACUAUUAUCAGUCUGACGUCUGUGGGUUUGUAUUUUCUUAGUCGUAUUUUGAUGAUGGCCGAGGUUUUUGCUGCAUUGAGAGCGGAGGAUCCUUCUAUCUAUGAUACAGUUCAGGUCUCGACAUACUGGGUACAUUCUUUAUGA